GUAGGUAUCAGUGGAUCAGAAGAGACUCAUGUGUUCAGUUCUGGUGAAGAUGUCCGUCUGCCCUGUAAUAAUGCUCUUCCUGGCUGCACAUCAACUACAUGGCUCUAUGGCAGACAGUCAGGAGCAGUUGAACUGAUUGCUUUAGGAAUAAAGAAGACUGACACAGAGAGACAUGAGAGACUGAGUCUGGGCUCUGACUGCUCUCUGAACAUCAAGAAAGUCACAAAAGAAGAUCGUGGACAUUACUCCUGCAGACGAUACGUGAAUGGACAACAACAUGGAGAUGAUGCACAAGUUUAUCUGCAUGUUCUUCAUGUGUCUUCAUCAUCCUCACAGUCUGAGAUCAGAUCAGGCCGCUCUCUGACUCUCUUCUGUCAGUUAUAUUAUUAUUAUUAUGAUCGAGUCUCUUGUGAUACUUUAGUCCGUUCUGAGGGUCUUCAUCUGAUCUGGGUGAAUCAGGCUGGUGUGAAUCUGCAGACAGACUCCAGAUUUCAGAUCUCAUUCUCCUCUGAACAGUGUCUCAUCUCUCUGACUACAACACUCCUGAAUGAAGAUCACAACAGAGAGUGGAGAUGUCAGCUUAAACACAGAGAUCAACUGAAGACCUCAGCCACAUAUACUGUCAAGUAUCCAAUCUCUCCGUCAGUGAUCGUGAUUGUUGUUGCUGCUGUGUUGGCUGUUCUGGUUACUGCUGUUAUUCUUUGGGUGUCUCGCAAAAAAAGAGCUGAUAACAGAAAAGGGACUAAUGACUCUGUGGAGCAGAAAGAUGUUGCGACUUAUACUGAGAUUGACACAAACUGGAAAAUAGGAGCCAAAAAGAACAAGGUUCAUGACUAUGAAGUGAUUUAUUCUUUUAUCACACAAGCAACAGUUGAACCUCAGGAUGACUGCAUUUGUGAACAAGAACCAUCAGAAAUAAGUUUAACAGUCAUUAAUUAUACAAAGACCUCCUAAUAUCAGUCACAGAGGAAUGUGAACCGUAUAUUAGUUUCUAUACAGUAUAUGGUUGAACCUUUAGGAUACAGUGGAGUUUGUGUAAAACUAUUUCUGUUAGUGGACUUUAGUGAGCGGACUGUGUCUGUGAGGGAC